AUAAAAGGCCUCGAUUAAAUUAAAUGUUAUAACAAAUAACAAAGAAAGGAAGAAAGUAAGACAACGCUGUCUGUGAGAAGGGAAUUUAGCAUGUAUUUAUUUCAAAGAACACUUAUUGUCUGUGUUUGUGCAUGGAUUGUUCGUCAAGGAACAUUAGGAGCUGGACAGAUUAGCCGGGCUCGGUUAGUGGGAGGAAAUAGUAAUGGCACCGGCAGGCUUGAACUUGAAUAUAACGGCGAAUGGGUAACGAUUUAUGGAAGCUAUUCAUCGUCAUAUUUCAAAAAUAUUGACGCAAAAGUCGCGUGCAGGAUGCUCGGAUUUGGCAAUAGCGGAGUUGCCUUUGUUUACACAAAUGCACCGGACCUGUUUGGAGAAGGGACAGGGUCAGUACUGAAUCACAGGUUUCAAUGUAAAGGCAACGAGACGAAUUUACGUCAGUGUGACACGAGCUCUUGGAGUGUGUCGCCAUCAACGUCGCACACUUAUGACGUCGGUAUCAGUUGUGAACCAACACAGCUGAGGCUAGCCGAUGGAGACACGCCGCAAUCAGGUCGAGUGGAAGUCUUUUUCAAGGGACAAUGGUCAUCGAUUUGCGAUUCGGGUUUUGACAACGAGGACGCACGUGCAAUUUGCAAUAUGUUAGGCUACCAUGACACAGGCAUUGCGAAAGCAUUUACGGGAUCUCACUUUGGCCAGGGCGCAGGGGACAUGAUUCUGUCUUCAGUAAAUUGUAAAGGGACAGAAACUGAUAUCAAAAUGUGCGCUGCGACAUGGGGGAAGAAUAACUGUAAUCAUCGAAAAGAUGCGGGCGUAAAUUGUGAUAGCACGCCCAUAAGACUUGUAAAUGGACCAACAAAUAGUUCUGGUCGCGUAGAAAUACUUCAUGGAGGGCAAUGGGGAACUAUUUGCGGAGACAGUAAUUUUGACAAGUAUGAUGUGACGGUAAUUUGUAAAAUGUUGGGAAUAUAUAGUCCAAAUGCGUUUGGUCAUCGCAACGCAUUCUACGGUGAAGGGAACGGAAAUGUGAUCGUAUCAAGCUUGAAUUGUGAUGGUUCCGAGUCAGAUAUUGCCUCGUGUCAAUCAUACGCAUGGUCAGUGCCCGGAUCGAGUUCUAGCUCGUGCAGUCAUUCAAAUGACGUAGGAGUAAACUGUGACGGAGUUACUGGAAUUCGGCUUAUGGAUGGCACGUCAGAACAAUCUGGGAGGGUUGAGAUCUUCCACAAUGGACACUGGGGAACAAUUUCGGACAAUUAUUUUGAUAACCACGAUCUCACCGUCAUCUGCAGAAUGAUGGGUUAUGAAUAUUCGUCAAAGUCCUUCUUCAUGAAAGGAGGUCACUAUGGAAACGGAAUUGGAGAAAUCGUUGCAACCCGGCUACAGUGUAACGGAGCCGAAAGCGAUAUUGGCCAAUGUUCGGCAACUUGGUGGCCGCAAACUAAAACUGAAUCGCACACGAAUGAUGUUGGAGUGAACUGUGACGGAGUGAUUCCUAUUAAACUCCUCGAGGGAGAUAAUAAAACAACAGGCAGGGUAGAAAUUCUUCAUAACGGGAAAUACGGAACAAUAUGUAGCCGGUCAUUCAAUCGCCUGGAUCUGACAGUGGUGUGCCGAAUGAUGGGCAUAGAAAAUAUACCACAAGACGCUUACUGGUACCCGGCUGCAACCUAUGCCCAAGGUCUUGGUGAAAUAGUGGUGUCCGACCUUAACUGUAACGGGAUCGAGCACAGUGUUGGACAGUGUAGAGGCACCUGGCCGGCUUACAGCAGCUGCGACCACAGCAUGGAUGUCUUUGUCAGCUGCAAUGGUGCACCGGAAAAGCUCCGCCUGGUGAACGGAAAGAACAGUUACACCGGAAGAGUUGAGAUUUUCCACGCCGGUCAGUGGGGUACAAUAUGUGAUGAUAGUUUUGACAGGGCGGACGCUGUUGUAAUUUGCAGAAUAUUAAAGUUUAAGAACCCGGAAAGAGCAGUAGCCUAUUCACAAGCACAUUUUGGGCAAGGUAAUCAAACCACUCAUAUAGUUGCCUCUCACCUGCACUGUAAUGGGUUGGAGACCAAUUUAGGUCAGUGUACUCCAUCAUGGAACCCUACGGGUUGCGGACACAACGAAGAUAUCGGCGUUGACUGCUGUCCCGGUUGCCAAGAUAUUAUUAUAGGAUAGUGAGGUGCUUUUCCAGUCGUUCGUUCAUCCGUCUGUCUGUGACAUGAAUAUUUUAAUGUAUAAAUAUGACUUUCUAGAAUU